GCGUCAUCUCGCCUUCCCAAAUUUCCCCCUUCUGCUGCAGCUCGUAUCCCAAAACAUCUAUCUAUAGUACGAGAGAAGGAGAGAAGGAGAGAGAGAGGAAAAAGAUGUUUAACUCGGUGAAUCUGGGCAACUUCUGCUCCCAGACGCGCAAAGACCGGACAUCCGAGUUUGGCGACAGGACUGGCUGCGCGUCCAACAUCUACCUCCCCAGCUGCACCUACUACGUGCCCGAGUUUUCCGCCGUCUCCUCGUUUCUUCCACAGGCCCCAGGGUCCAGGCAAAUCAGCUACCCUUAUUCCACAAAUCUGUCCCAAGUACCGCCGCCGGUACGGGAAGUUUCAUACGGCUUGGACGCUGCUAGUAAAUGGCACCACAGCAGGAGCAAUUAUGCAUCGUGCUACUCUGGAGAGGAUCUGGUGCAUAGGGACUGUCUUCCACCAUCCACCAUGACAGAAAUGCUUAUGAAGAACGAGAGCGUGUACAGCCACCACCAUCACCAUCACACCCAUCCGGGCUCCAAUCACCACCACCACCCCUCCACAGCAGGUUUUUACUCCGCCGGCGUGGGGAAAAACAGCGUCCUCCCGCAAGGUUUCGACCGCUUUUUUGAGACGGCAUACUGCAGCAGCAGCACGGACAAUCAGUCAGACAGUUGUUUACAAAAGGGCGAGGGUGGAAAGCUGGAAAGCGACUCCCAGCAGCAGCAGCAGCAACAGCAGCAGCAGCCCAUAGCCUCUGGAGCAGGAGAAAAAGACCCAGAAGAUGAGGGGGAACAUACAAAUUCAGGCUCAUGCACUUCUUCCUCUGCAGCUACAACCACCAACAAGGACGGCACCACAGCCAGCAAGAGCAGCAGCCACUCGAGUACUCCUCGCACAAGGAAGAAGAGGUGUCCAUAUUCCAAGUUUCAGAUUCGUGAGCUGGAGAGGGAAUUCUUCUUUAACGUUUACAUCAACAAAGAGAAAAGGCUUCAGCUCUCCAGAAUGUUAAAUCUCACCGACCGUCAGGUUAAAAUCUGGUUUCAGAAUAGAAGAAUGAAAGAGAAGAAGCUGAGCAGAGAUCGCCUGCAGUACUUCUCUGGAAACCCCCUCUUGUGAGCAGAAAAGUGUCACACUCUUUUGGUCAGUGACAUUAAGGCCUACUCUUUAUCUCAUUGAAUUGUAACCGUGGUGGGCAUAACCGUUUUUCUAAAAAGGAGCCCAUAUCACCAACAGUGCAAUGUUAAAAGUGGACAGUGGGAAUAAAUAGGCCUGCAUGGGAUAAAAAAGUCGCCAUUUUCUUAUUGCCCCACGGACGGCGGUGAAUUUCUAGCAGAAAAAGGCCUAGAAUAAUCAUUUAUACCUAUGCUGUUCUUUAAAUAUGUCUCUCUAUUUAUCACGAUUCUCCAUUGUGUUUUAUUCUAUUGUUCAUAUAGACAUAUUUGUUGUUAAAAAUAUGAAAUGUAACAAUGAAUCCUUAUUGCGCAGACAACUUUGAGCUCUUUCCCCACAUCCCUCUGGUCUAUGUAUAUAGUAUAUCAUGAUCUAAUUAUUUCUCGACCAGAGUAUAGGGACAACUUCUAUAGCAAAAUCUCCCAUGGCUAAAUUUUUUUUUUUUUCGCCAUUGAGAACUGUGACGUCCAAUCUGUGAAAGUAUAUAUCCCCCCUCCAAAUGUACAGAGCAGCCUAUGCUAUGUGCAUUCGUGACUGUAAAUAGAAGUAUAUGUUGAAUUUCCUUUCCCCUUAUACCCCUGCUGCUAUUUUUUCAGUACACUUGCCCCAUACAAACUUUUAACAGCUUUAACGCCAAACACUCGUUAAAUUAUUUGCUUCAAACAUUUGGAUUCCAAGAGAGGAGGAACAGAUUUGUUGGCCUGUGUAUCAUUAAUAUAAUACCUAUGGAAUAAACAGAAACGUAUAGGCAAAAAAA